AGUGGAGUGGUUCACAUGGCAAUGGCAUUCUCGUUAAUCUUCCCCAUUUGUCGCACAUUUAUGACAUUCCCAUCCACACUGUCGCUUUAGUCCAAUAAAACCCAUUCUCCCCGAGGUGGGCUUUCUCGUUUCCUUUUCUUUAUUGUCUCAAAUUCAUUUCAAUCGAGCAGAAAAUACCCCGUUUUCGAUCGGUAUAGUUGUUAAACCCUAGUUUUCUCAAUUCUCUCCAGUGUAUAGAUUCAGACGUGCACGGUUUUGUUGAGAAAUGGGAGAUGUGGCCGAUAAAUUGGCGUAUUUUCAAGCUAUUACUGGGCUCGAGGACACCGAUUUGUGUACCGAAAUUCUCUCCGCCCAUAAUUGGGACCUCGAGUUAGCCAUCUCGUCCAUCACCGCCACCGACAACAAUCGCCCCUCGUCGUCUUCCUCCGCAUCAGCCACUGCACUGGCAAAUCAAGACCCGCAAGAUGUAGGCCUUGUACUGCCCUCUAACAACAAUAAUCAACCCCCUGGUCUUGCGUGGAAACUAAUAACUCUUCCAUUCUCCAUAAUUUCCGGUAGCUUAGGGUUAAUUUCUGGAGCGAUUGGAUUAGGUAUGCGGGCAGCAGGCGGCGUUUUGUCCUAUUCCCUAAGCAUGGUUGGGCUAAGUCGUGCAGGCCGUGCUGGAACGACGCCUUUGGUGUCGGUGCCUCAGUCAACCUCUGAAGCCAUGGAUUUUGUCUCCAGUUUUGAGAGGGAUUAUGGGAGAAUGAGGCCGAAUUUUGUGACCGAGGGUUUCAUGGACGCAUUGCAGAGGUCUAGGCACGAAUAUAAGCUGUUGUUCGUUUACUUGCACUCCCCCGAGCAUCCUGAUACGCCAGCUUUUUGUGAGGGGACUUUGUGUAAUGAGAUGUUGGCAGCGUUCUUGAAUGAGAAUUUUGUGGCAUGGGGUGGGAGUGUAAAGGCUAGUGAAGGGUUCAAGAUGAGUAAUAGUUUGAAGGCAUCCAGGUUUCCAUUCUGUGCUGUUGUUAUGGCAGCAACAAACCAGAGGAUGGCAUUGCUGCAGCAGGCUGAGGGACCAAAAUCUCUUGAAGAAAUGUUAACACUAUUGCAGAAAGUGCUCGAGGAAAGUGCUCCUGUUCUUGUUUCAGCCAGGAUUGAAGCCGAAGAAAGAAGAAACAAUAGGCGUCUGAGAGAGGAACAAGAUGCUGCUUAUCGAGCAGCACUUGAAGCUGAUCAAGCUCGGGAACGCCAGAGAAAAGAAGAGCAGGAGCGGCUGGAACGUGAAGCUGCUGAAGCUGAGAGGAAAAGAAAGGAGGAGGAAGAGGCUCGUGAAAGGGCAGCACGAGAAGCUGCUGAGAGAGAAGCUGCAUUAGCUAAGAUUCGUGAGGAGAAGGCUUUAUCACUUGGUGCUGAACCUGAGAAAGGGCCUGAUGUUACUCAGAUAUUGGUUCGUUUUCCAUCUGGAGAGCGCAAAGGGAGGAGGUUUCAUUGUACGGCCACAAUACAAUCUCUGUAUGACUAUGUUGAUUCUUUAGGUAGCUUAGAAGUUGAUGGCUACAGCCUCGUCUCCAACUUUCCUCGCACCGUGUAUGGCCAAGAGAUGCUCUCUUUGUCCCUGAAAGAAGCCGGGUUACAUCCCCAGGCCAGCCUUUUCGUGGAGUUGAAGUAAUGCCCCAUGCUGGGAGGUGAUCAAGGAUGAAACUUUGUAGUAGAUAAACUUCUUAUAUUGACUUUUGCUUUUUCAAACAGAUUCAGUGAUAUGAUACAAUUUGGCAAUUUGUGGUUGUGCCUGAAUCGGCAUCAGCAUCAUUUCAGAAUCUAGUGGGCAAAUGACAGUGGGCGAGAACUAGAUUGAAUAAGUUUAUCCACCGUCUGUAGCAUAUAACAAAAGAAGUUAACUGCAUUUCCAUUUACCGGUACCUUGUGUGAUUACGGUACUGCAUUUAA